AUGAGGUUCGCCAACAUCGAACUACUCUCUAGCUUCCACAAGCGAACGGUCAUAUGGAAGUUUCCAACAGGGAAAUCAAAUACAUCCUCCAGACCACAGUCAACAAGAGGAAAAGCUUGUCACCUCCCGUUGGAACUCGAACAUCGCGCGUACUGGGCCAUUAAGUAUCUGAAUUUUAAUCUAUUGCUUGCCCAGCAGAAGCACGCAGAGCGAGUACUUGAUUUAACAGAGUUCCGGUUUCUUGCAUAUGAAAGUGCAAAAAUAUAUAAGGAAACGAUGAAGUUUUCUCAUGACAGGAAAUUGAAGAAGAACAAAUUCACUGAGGGAUCCAAGGUUACACUGUAUGAUUCUAGGUUUCACUUGUUCCUAGAAAAAUUGAAAUCUCGGUGGACUGGGCAGUAUAUAGUCAAACAAGUUUUGCCAAACGGAGCCAUCAUAAUCAAUGAUGUGGAUAACCCCAAGGAGAGCAACUCAUUCCUAGUCAAUGGAGCGAGGCUGAAACCUUAUAUUGAAGGGUUUGUACUUCAGUAG